UUCGGCCUUAUUAGUUUUUCUAACUAUUUUUGUAUGGAGGAUGAAUGCUGUCAGGUACAAUAUUUUCAUCUCUUCAUAGAGCACAGUUAGUCGUUCAGAUGCAUGGGGAAACGACGGUGAGGGACUCAGUCAGGAGAAGGUAUCCAGUAGAGCGAUCUGUUGUUCUAAAACAGCACGAAUGUUUUCCUUUGCACAAUUCGACUUCAAAGCUGAUCGCGAUGUUUCUUUCAAUGUCAUAUCUUUCAACUCGGUGAGCAGUAUGACAGAUAGACAAAAGCUCGACACUCCGCCGUUCCUUCAUCAUUCAAUGCCCAGAACAGUUCGAAGAUAAACGUUUCUUUGUCACAGUUCAGUUUUAAAGCUUGGAUUUGGAAAACAUCUGACCAGAACGCUGGAGCUAUCAAAGCUUAAACAUGUCCAAGCCGACAUUAAAGCCGAAAUUAUUUAGGCCUACCUCGAGAUGGUUUUUGAUUAUGGUCGCCAUGUUUGGGUAUAGCCUGGUGUAUUUGCCCAAGGUGUCAGGCGAAGAUAAGUCCAUCGGAACAUGUCCAAGUAUGUGUUCAUGCAGCCAAAAGAUGGUAGAUUGUUCCAAUAAAAAGUUGAAGAGUUUUCCCUCAUCCCUUCGAAGCUCAACGCUAAUUCUCGACCUAAGGGGAAACGAGAUAACAAGAAUUGAUGAUGACGACAUCAAAGGACUGUCCAACCUAAAGGAAUUGUAUCUAGAUGACAACAAGUUGACUGCAUUUGCUGCAGUUGGAAAACUGACCUCACUAGAACACCUCUCAGUUUCAAAGAACAAAAUAACCACCAUUCCCAAUGGAUUGCUGUCAAAUUUGUCCAAUUUGAAAUGGCUAGACUUGAGUCACAAUGAGAUUCUUGAGCUGCCAAGAGAUGCGUUCCCUCCGGGCUCUUCCUUGGAGUAUUUAGAUCUUAGCUACAACAACCUUACGUCAAUGAUCAAUUUAGUAGAAGUCCCUAUGCCAAACUUGACGCAUCUAAAACUUGGUUACAAUAAGCUAAGUUCACUGCAGUGUCAAAGUUGUAGAGUGGAACAACGACGACAUUUUCAAAAUGUGAAAAUCCUAGAACUUAAUAACAAUGAGAUUGCCACCGGAGUCAAUUUUUUCUUCUCACAUUUCCCAUCACUUUUAAAGCUAUAUCUUUCUCACAAUCGGUUUCAAACGAUCAGUGUGGGUGUUUUGCAUGGAGCUUCACAACUGGAAGAGUUAUACCUGAAUGGGAACAGCUUGCAGUACCUCACUUUCAAUAUGUUCUACAUGGGGAAAAAGUUAAAAGUAUUGGACAUCAGUGAAAACAGAGUUAAGGGAAUCGAGCCAAGGGCCUUUGAACAGGCGCUUAACAUUGAACAACUGAAUCUUGCCGGAAACCGCCUCAAGAAUCUUGUCUCGCGCCCGUUUGCACCUUUGAAAAAGCUUAAAUAUUUAAAUUUGGAAAGAAACGAAAUCAGAAAGAUAUCAAAAUCGGCCUUUGAAGAUUUAUUCUCUUUGCUGCGAUUGAAUUUGAGCAACAACCAAAUAUCUUUAGGCCAGAGUGACCUGGAUACCGCAUUCAAGCCAUUGCUACGUCUUCGAUCUUUGGAUCUUUCCGGAAAUCAAAUAAUGCUGAUUCCAAGGAACGCAUUUCGUGGACUGCACAAUCUUGUUUCGCUGAACUUGACUUCAAAUGAUGUUAUAAUUGUGCAGCCCAGAGCUUUCUCAGAUCUUACAAUGAUCUCAGAGAUGAGGCUGAUUGCUCCUAAGUUAAUUUGUGACUGUUCUACACGAUGGCUCCGCAAUUGGGUCAGGCUGCACUCCUUCGAGAAGACUGUUAUUGGCAAAUGCAAAAUGCCUUUAUGGCUUAACGGGAAAAGCCUGCUCGAAAUCGACGACAGUGAAUUUGUUUGUGCAUCAAAAGUAAAUAACUCAAUAAAACCAGAAAUCAUAGUCCAUCCUAAGACACAAGAGAUCCGAAGACACUCGAAUGUUACUCUUCAGUGUGUUGCCACAGUACUGUUUCCAGAUACACCACAAUUUGGAUUAACAUUAGAUGACAGAAAAGCAAGAACAUCGAUGAACAUGGAAUGGUAUUAUUACGGGAGUGAUGACACCGAACGUUUCAUCGAAGACAAGCUUGUCAAAACCUCCCCCCAAAAACAUAUUGGUAUGCGUGUUUAUCGUCGAAUGAGCGAGUUGACUUUGCGGAAUGUUGAUUAUACUGAUGUUGGACGAUAUAGGUGCCAUGUAAGGAACUUUUAUGGGGACGAAUGGUCGCAGAAAGCCAAUCUAACCGUUGUUGUCUUUCCGUACUUCGUCAAAAAGCCGAAGGACACUCGAGUCAGGAGUGGAGUCUCGGUCCAGAUUUCAUGCUCGGCCAAAGGGAGCCCAGUGCCUAGUAUUAAGGUGAGCUGGAAGAAAGGUGGCACGUUUCCAGCGGUUGAUGAAAAGCGGUUUUGGAUUAGCACCAGUGAAGAUGGCUACAAAUUUGGAAUCAGUAACGUGAAAAUUCAUGACAGCGGAGAGUACAUUUGCUCAGCUUCAAGUAGAGUUGGAACCAUCAACUCGAGCAUGAUUCUCACGGUUAUAGCCCAACCACAGUUUGUUCGUCCAAUGAAAAGCAAGAAAGUGAUAGUCGGCAGCACUGCUGUAUUCGAGUGCAUUUUCACUGGCAACCCAAAGCUUAAAGUCGAGUGGUUCAAGAACAACACCAAGAUUGAGAAAGGGAAGAACGGCAGGUUCACUGUCUCGGACCAGCUACUGAUCAUUCUAGGGGUGCAGUUCAAUGAUGCCGGAACAUAUGCUUGUCGGGUUUCAAAUACACUGGGAAUGAAGUUCCAGACAGCUAAGCUGGCAGUUGUUUCAGAUGUUUCUGCAAUCACAAACGCACCUGUGAAUUCAAAAGCAAUGCCAGUAAAGUUGUUCAUUGGCAUCAUUGUUAUCACCGUCAUAUCAGUGACAAUUCUGACGUCACUCGUGUGGGUUGUGCUCAUUUGCUUGUGCAAAGGAAGGCGAAAUCGAUAUCCACGCGCCAAGCAGCGACAGAAUGUCAGUGCAGAAAAUACUGAGCACCAGGAACCCGCUGGAGAUAUACAGGAAAACUCGAAUCCCUUUACUGUGCCGCCUCUUCUUGUCAAUGAUGGCAGUGGUCUGGUUUUUGGUUAUGGUCAUCUUUAUCCCGAUAAUCAGAGAAACAUUACUGAAAGAGAGAUACUUGCGCACAUACGAGGCGAAGGAAGUUUAUCCGAAAGUAUUCCGUUAAUGGCGGCAAAGAAAUCUCAACUAAGCGACUCCGAGGCUGCAACAUCAGGAUCAUAUAAUGAUCAAAGAGUGGAUGACGUUGUCUCAGAACCUGCUCAGCGAUCACACGAUACAUCACAUGAUACAUCGCAGAGGUUUGGCUCGCAAGCUUUUUAUGAUAGAAUCAAAGGAGUUGAACCGAAUAGUAGUUCAACCGACGCGUUGAAGGAUAGUAAAACUACCGCUUCGCCGCGCAAAGACAUGAUAUACUGCUCGUGUCCCGCCGAUAUAUCGGACGGUUUACUAAUAAAAUCUGUAAGUGAAACACCACAGAAAAGAACUUCUUCAUCGGGGAGAACUUCACACAAAAAGCGGGUGCCACGUCGCCCGUCGCACGCGUUACAGCGGAGAGAUAUUGACAAUGAAGAGUACUAUAACAACUACAAUAAUGCGUCUUCGAGUGGAGUCGAGUCAGGGGAAAGUUCAUCGUCCUCUGACUCGGUGUCUGUCACGAACUUUGACGUCACUCGCGCGAAAAGUUCUUCGAUAUUAGCAGCUGUAUAAUUAUUAGGUUGGUGGUAUGUUGUAACAGAAAUCGCCUUUACGUGAACAAAUUAUAUUUGGGUGGUUGUCGAUAAUUUACUGCAUUCAAGGGAAACUUCACCUAAAAGAAUAAGGGGUAUGAAUACAUUCAUGGUGACCUCGUCUUCCUGGAAUUAGCCCCAUCGUUAAAAGAGGAGCCGGGUAUCUCGAGGGACUGUCGUUGCAAGCCCCGCUGUCCUUGUGUUUGAGGUGAAUACAAGGGGGUUUGGGGUGACUUAUCCUUGCAAUUUUCAAACGAAUAUUCUCUAGAGGAUAUUCAAAAUAUAUAUUUGGUAAGAAAAACGAAACAUACCUGUGACACUGGCACGUAAACUUUGGAAGACACAUUUGGACGCCUUGAAACCGUAUAUGUUAGGCUUCCCGGUUUGAUUAGAAGCUUUCAGAACAACCUAGCACAUAUGCAAUUUUGUAUGUUCAAAACUUUGUUCAUCCAAACUUUUGUAAACCCUUUAACCCCUUAGGGCUAUUUAUGGGCAUUGGUAUUGUAAAUAGUCUUGAUUCUUGGGCCUAUGUUGCCCCCUUCAUGGGGAACUCAAUCAGUUCAUUUGAACGAUAAAUUCUUGUAUUUCCGGGGGUUGAAGGGUUAAGUAUUGAUGCCUUCGUUAAGAGAAAAUUGCAUCGCAUGCACAUAAUUAUGUAAUUAUAAAGAGAGAAAGCUUUUUCACCUGCACGAUUGAGCAGUUGCAAAUGUUCUUUAAACUUUGUUUUUAAAGACUAUUGCAUUUAAUGCAAUACUUUUUGUUGUUAAUUUUCAAAUUUUAUGACAAGAUUGUUUAUAUACCCUAAUUUAUUAACACUACACGAUUGACAUGGGAAUGUCUCGGAAACUAUGCUUUAUCGACACACGUUGCGCAUAGGGAAUCAAUCUGUAACAGCUAAUAUGAUCAAGAACUCUGUGUUAGGGACUGCUGAAGCAGGGUAAGGGGGAGGGGGUUUGUUGGGGCUUCAGAGCCCUAAUGAUUCCUAGAAAGUACUUUUACCUAUUUAAUAUAUUGUGGUUGCCCCUAGUUUUCAGUUUAUUGAAAACUUUUUAGGCCAAGCGAACCCUCCUGAUUUCCAAAUAUCCGUAAUAUGAUCUGCAGUCACUAUUUUAAACGGUAUAAACGUCUUUCUUGGGUAUACAAGGACGAUAGUUCAAACCAAAUACCCGACCGGCCUUCAAAAUUUUCUGGGCUCAGAUUUUUCGAAAAGCUGUUACAAGGCUAUUACAAGGCAACGCGUGUCUAUUGCAUUUCACAUGAAUAAAGCCUACGAUAGUGCUUUUUAUUGUUUUCUUUGUAGUUUGGCUGCUUCAUACAUUUUCAUGUUCGCAUAAACAGAUCCUUGCAUUAAAGGCAUGCUUAAGGCUGUCACGGUACAGGCAUACUCGUUUUCCCUGCUAUGGUUUGGAAACGAAGCUGUUUUAACAUGGUUUCUUUGUGAAAAAUGAGACGGUUUUUCUAGCUAAGGAUACUUGUGGGGUUCUACUCACAAUCUCUAUUCUGGGUUCAGGAAUUUUUUCCUAGUCAAGGAACACACCAAUAAUCAUAUCUUACAGCCUGUUUCUUUUGUUGUUCGGUGCUUGGAACAACUUGUUACUAGUUUAUAGAUUUUCUUAGAAUGUUGCCUAAAUAUGGGAAAGUUUAGCUCCACUUGAUUAGAGUAAAACAUUUCAAUGUAAUUGACGAAAUGACAUGAAUUGGCAGCCGAGAUAGGCCUAAUUAUAAACCUAAGAAACUGUUCCAAAUCUUCCCAUUAUUCUUCCUAGUGUAUCUGUAUUUGAUGUGUGCCUAAUCCCUUUUUACCAUGCAAGUACCCUGCCUGCUAAGAUCAAACUACACACUGCACCCUUCCAACAGUUUUGUUUGGUUGUGUUCUUCAUGCUCCCUGCCUUGGAAGCAUUUUACGAAGAGCAAUCACGAAACGGGGGGCUAGUAAAGCAAGCCAACUUUUUGGUACGUCGAUUUAUAUUGCCUGUUGUCAUCAUUAUUUGUAACUUAUUGUAUCACCUUUGGAUGAAUUAAUUUGUUUGUGUAAAGUUGUACAUACUAGAACUUGUGACACGAUGAAUUGCUAUUAAAACCAAAGUCAAAUUUGAAAA